GCUUGCAUAAAUACAAAUUUAAUGGAAUGUUCUCAGACCUACUCUUCCCACGCUUGGUUCAAUCCUCGGCGCUCCUUAGGCCGCCGCGACGACGACCACCACACAUCCAACACCCCCCUCAACCAACCUUCAGAUCUACCACAGGAGUCAGAUCCCAAAGAUUUUGAUGGUUUCCAGUUCAGACUUGAAGAUCCAGCUAUGAUGCUCCCCGCCGACGAGCUCUUUUCCGACGGUAAGCUUGUUCCACUCCAAUUAUCACUCAUCCGCCACCAAGUUGCCACCUCAACAACUAGCAUCUUGUCUCGUGUUAGCUCUCCAGAUACACCCGGCUCUCACCGGACAACCGACGAUGUCGAUGUCUUUGCCGCUGAUCCCUACUUACUUUCUCCUAGAGCUCCACGAUGUUCCAGCAGGUGGAAGGAGCUUCUCGGUUUUGGCAAGACUUAUCAAAGCACGAAUGGCAUUGUCAAACAAGAUACAAACAAACGGACUUCCUUCACUGCUUCUUCUCAUAUCGGUACCGGAGCAAGCAGGUCCAUCAGACAGUUUCUUCACCGGAGCUCCAAAUCUGCAAACGAUGCGUCUAUGAACCUUCCGUUGCUCAAGGAUGCAGAUAACGAGUCUGUGUCUGUGUCAGUGUCAUCACGUCCAUCUCUUUCUUCUUCCUCCUCCGGUCAUGAUCUGGACGACCUUCCUCGUUUGUCUCUUGAUUCCGAUAAGCCAGGGAAGGUGAACCUGAGUACAAACCCUAACAAUCGUCUGAAAUCGAGAAUGGUGAAAACGAGAACGCAGUCAACGGAAUCGAGAUCAAGCACGCCCGUAGGCAGAGGCACGAUGCGUCGUCCAACGGACCCCACAGUGCGUGGCGUGUCUGUGGAUAGUCCUCGAAUGAACUCGUCGGGAAAAAUCGUUUUCCACAGCUUAGAGAGAAGUUCCAGUAGUCCAAGCAGUUUAAACGGUGGACCGAGAUUGAAACAUAGGGGAAUGGAGAGAUCGUAUUCGGCGAACGUAAGAGUGACACCGGUUCUAAACGUUCCGGUUUGUUCACUUAGAGGUUCGUCCAAGUCGGGCGGUAUGUUUGGGUUUCCGAUGUUCUCAUCGACACAGUCACAGGCAGGACAGAAACGUGAAGGUGGCGGAACAAGCCGGAGUCAAGGAUAUAACGGGAAAGGUCGAACAGAGAGUUGUUAGGAUGGGAUGGGGAUCCGUUAAGCAAUAGUAAAGUAGGUGUGUAGUGUAGCAUAAUUAGUUUUGAAUGUAGUGUUGUUGAUUUAUUUCCAUCAUCCCGUUCCAUUCCAAUAGAUGGUAAUUUGUAUGGUUACUUUGUGGGUAAAAGGAAUCUUGAUUGAAUUGAAAA